AUGGAUUAUUGUAUUCAACAAUAUCAAAGCCUUUCUCAAGUUGAAUCAGGUAAGAUCCUACUCCUUUCUUUUGUAUCUCAUCGAACAGUUAAUCAAGCUAAUAAUAAUAAUCAUCAUGAAUUGAAUAAUAGUCUUUUACCAAUAAGUCUUAAUAUACCAAGUUCAUCAUCAUCAACAUCUUCAAUCAAUUCAAUAUCAACUGUUCAGAAUAAUGGACAAAUUAAAAUACAAUAUGAAAAUCCAACAACUAUGAAUAUAACAUCAAAUACUUCUCUAUUAAGUUCUACAAUUUCAUCAUGUUCAACAAGUCCAAAAAUUCCUAAUAGUGAUAUAACUGAAAAUCAAACAUUAGUUAGUUCUCCAAUAAUUCAACGACUUCCAUCAUUAGGAAUCGAUAAUAAUCAACAAGAUCAAGAUAAUAUUAAUUCAAAAAAUAGUACAAAACCACCAUUUUCCUAUGCCCAACUAAUUGUUCAAGCUAUUUUAUCGGCACCUGAUAAACAAAUGACUUUAAGUCAAAUAUAUAAUUUUAUAUCAGCACAAUAUCCAUAUUAUGAAGCAAAUAAUCGUGGUUGGCAAAAUUCUAUUCGACAUAGUCUUAGUUUAAAUCGUUAUUUUAUUCGACUUGCUCGUAAAGAAAAUGAUACUGGUAAAGGAAGUUUUUGGCGUUUAGAUGAAACAUGUGAAGAAAAAUUAAUUGAUCAUGCAUUUCGUCAUCGAAAACAACGUCGAAAUUCAAUAUCAUUUAAUUCAUCUCAAAAUGAUACUAAUUUAAAUAAAUCUGAUGAUGGACAUUCACCAACAACACAAUAUCAAAAUGAUCAAACAGAUUUUUUAUUAGCUGAUAUUCAAACAAGUAAUCCAUCAACACUAUUAUCACCAAUGACAAGUCCAUUAGUUGGACCAAUUAUUGAAGCUAUAUCACCUAUUAGACAAACAGAAGAUAAUAAACGAAAACGUGAUGAUGAUGAUGAUGAUGAUGAUAAUUUACAGUCUGAACAACAAAUAGAAGAUUUAUUACAUAGUCUUAUUGCAUCGAUUGAUGAAACUGUCAAACGUCAAAAAACAUAA